GUACAUACGUAGAUACGUAGUGUGUGCAAAUAUCAACAGAACUGCUGCGGUGUAGUCGUCGCCUCAACUCAAAUACGAAACGAACGUUGAGGGAGUUGGACGGUUUCGUUAUACAGUUUGUGCUGAAUUUUUACGACAACUACCAUUCUUACCCGGCCCGGUCACUGUUGUUACAAAAUCUUGAUUGUAAAUAAAAAGAAUAAUAAUAAUUGUUAAUAUUCUCAGUACGUCUUUUAACCGUUUAAUAGAAAAUAAAAAAAAUAAUAAUAAUUGGACUUUAUUUUAAAAUUUAUUGAAGCCAAAGCCAGUCAAUCGAGUUGUAGAAAAAUUUCGGUUAAUAUAGCGUUUGGAAUUUUGUCUUUUUGAAACUUCAAAAUUGAAUGAGUGGCGCGAUAUCAUCGGUAUUUUUGUGAUUAAUUGUGAUAUAAUUAGCGGUAUAUUUCAACCGCUUACUUAGAUAUUUAAGAUUACGCACAUAGUAAGCGAUUAGGUGUUGUGUGUUCGUAAGCAUUUUGUUCGUUUUCGUUCCCUCUUCGUCAUCGUGUUUUUGGUUUGUUUUUGGUUUUUCUGUCUGGGCAAGGAAAGGAAUUUCAAAGAGAAAUUUCACCAAAGUGAUCGGUUUCGUUAUUCGCUAUACCCCUAGGUAUUUGGUGAAAAAAGAGAACUUUCGAGAGUCUUAAGAGUGUUUGUGCGGUUUUGGUAAAUAUUUUUGCUUCAAAACCGACUAAACAAAAACAAUACAAGCAUAUAAUCGGCGCACACUCUCUCUGUUUCAAAUAUUUCUCACACUAUAGUCUAAACACAUAACGAUUUAAGUCAAAGUGGUAACACAACAAGCACGUGUUCGUGUUCUUAUUGGCCGCAGUGGAUCGGAUGUUUUAUCGUGAAUCGUGGAUAUUAUAUCUUACUUUUCCCCUCGUUCGUCUAACCACGUCGCGUCGUUGUCUUCGUCGCUGGUCUUCGUCGUAGUCGCCACUCACCUGUGUGUUUAUUUUAAGUGAACCUCAACCUAAUAUACCUAUACGAUAUAAACGAGGGAAUUCCUCAAGUGUCACGGCUCACGGGAAAUUAAAUAAUAAGAUUGUUUGCAGUGUUUUGUUUUUCUGGUGAAGUUUAUUUAUUUUUUAAAAAAAUAAUCAAAAUAAAUUUAAAAUCAUGGCAACCCUAACAUCGGAGCCACCGAAAAUCAGUAAAUUUUUUAGCAGUAGUAUUAAUUACCAAAGUAAAGUGCAGCAGUUAAUAAGCUUUAGUUUUACCUCAUCAAACUUCCUAUACAUCACUUUUAUUUUGAGCAUCAGUAAGCUAUGUACAGCCGAUUCGCCGUCAACGUCUGCUCCGACAACAACAACUGCCGGUCCAACAGCCCAAUCUAUAGUUAGUAAUGUUAAUUUUUCGGCCUUGAUGGAGAAAUUGACGGCUUUUCGGAAUGCAACAACAACGGAUACAACGCCGACGGCAACCCACCAUAACAGACAAGUCUCAGGGUUACCAAAAACCUCAAUAAUAACACCGGAUAGUUCUAUACCAUAUAAUAGUGUUGGUAAAGGAUUUCUUGAAAUAAAAUUCUUAAAUAUAUCCGGAAAAGUUGAUACUGCUUUAGGAAUUGCAAAAAACCUUCCAAAUACUUGUCAAGAGAAGCAAUUCCAAUGUGCAAAUGGAGCGUGUAUCCCAAUAAGAUAUGUUUGCGAUAAAGAACCAGAUUGCACCGAUCAUAGUGAUGAGUUGGUUCUGGAAUGCAGAUUUACAGAUCAAACUUGUGGUGUUGAUCAGUUUAGAUGUAAAAAUGGUAAUUGUAUACCAAAAAAAUGGAGAUGUGAUCAAGAAAAAGAUUGCAGUGAUGGAUCUGAUGAGGAUGCUGAUUUUUGCAAUAUGACUUGUAUAGAACAUGAGGAAUUUUUAUGUAAAAAAGAUCAUCAUUGCAUUCCAAAAAAUUGGUUAUGCGAUCAUGAAUCUGAUUGUUCAGAUAAUAGCGAUGAAGUUAAUUGUGAAUCGAAAUCCUGUUCGCCAGAUGAGUUUGCGUGUAAAUCGGGUGAAAGCGAAUGCAUUCCUCUUGCAUGGAUGUGUGACCAGAGUAAAGAUUGUUCGGAUGGAUCCGAUGAAGCAACUUGCAAUGAAACAUGCCGAACAGAUGAAUUCACAUGCGGAAAUGGUCGUUGCAUUCAAAAACGCUGGAUGUGUGAUCGUGAUGAUGACUGUGGAGAUGGCAGCGAUGAGAAGAAUUGUCCAUCCAUUCAAUGCAAUUCGAAAACUGAUUUUACAUGUGCGGACGGUUCGUGCAUAUCAAAAAAAUGGCAUUGUGAUGGGGAUUAUGAUUGUCAUGAUGGUUCAGAUGAAUUGAGCUGCCUGAAUGUCACACGUAUUAUCUCUACCCCGUGUUUGCAAAACGAGUUCCAAUGCAAGGAUCGCAUUACUUGCCUUCACCGUAACUGGGUUUGUGAUGGAGAACGAGACUGUCCAGAUGGAGACGAUGAAAUUCAAUUGAAUUGCUCGAAUGUCACAUGUCGUGGGGACCAAUUUCAAUGUGCAGAUCGGAGUUGCAUUCCAGGACAUUUGAUGUGCAACGGUGAAGCAGACUGUCCGGACAAAAGUGACGAAUUGAACUGUGGCACCAGCAAACUUAAUCAAACCGAAUGCUCUGAAACAAGCCAGUUUGAUUGCGGGGGCGGGAUGUGUAUUCCACUUUCGCAAGUGUGUGACAUGAGAAAGGACUGUCCCGAUGGAGAGGACGAACCAGCAGGAAAGUGUGGCGUCAACGAGUGCAGCUCGGACAAUGGCGGAUGUGCACAUAAAUGUGUUGAUACACCUGUUAGUUUCAGAUGUGAAUGUCGUGAGGGGUACAAACUUAGUGAUGGUAAAUUGUGUGAGGACAUAAAUGAAUGCGAUGAUCCGGGAGCAUGUUCACACAUCUGUAUCAAUGAAAUUGGUGGUUUCAAAUGUGAAUGUGAACCAGGUUACAUGAGAGACCCCCGAAACCACACCCGUUGUAAAGCAACCGAAGGACAUGCGUCAUUACUAUUUGCAAGACGCCAUGAUAUCCGAAAAAUUGCUCUUGAUCACAUGGAAAUGACAUCAAUAGUGAAUGACACUAAAUCGGCAACAGCAUUGGAUUUUGUCUUCCGCACCGGAAUGAUAUUCUGGAGCGAUGUGACCACUCAAAGGAUAUACAAGGCGCCAAUCGAUGAGGGCAAUGACAAGACUGUGGUCCUUAAUGAUCAUUCAGUAACAGCUGAUGGUUUGGCCGUUGAUUGGAUUUAUAAUCAUAUAUAUUUUACUGACACGUACAAGUGUACCAUUGAGUUGACAAAUUUCGAUGGAAAUAUGGGUAUGGUCCUUAUCAAGGACCAACUCGAGAUACCACGUGCCAUUGCAUUGGAUCCCAUUGAUGGAUGGAUGUAUUGGACAGAUUGGGGAAAGAAUCCUCGCAUUGAACGUUCCGGUAUGGAUGGUUCUCAUCGCAAAACAAUUGUCAGUUACGAUGUGAAGUGGCCAAAUGGUCUGACGUUGGAUUUGGUUCGAAAGAGGAUCUACUGGGUGGAUGCGAAGCUUAAUGUUAUUUCGUCAGCCAACUAUGAUGGAACACAACGCCGUCAGAUUUUGUAUUCAGCUGAAUAUUUGAGACAUCCAUUUUCGAUAACAACAUUUGAAGAUUGGGUCUAUUGGACCGAUUGGGAUAAACAGACUGUUUUCAAAGCGAAUAAAUUCAAUGGGCAUGAUGUUGAGGCGAUUACCGCACUUCAUAUGCUACAACACCCGAUGACUGUUCAUGUUUACCAUCCUUACCGACAGCCUGACGGCAUUAAUCACUGUCAGUCGGUAAAUGGGCAUUGUUCGCAUUUAUGCCUACCAGCGCCACGAAUAAAUGAUCGCAGUCCGCGUAUAUCCUGUGCCUGUCCGACGGGCCUUAAAUUAAUGGACGAUAGACUGAUGUGUGUCGAAGACCUCAAAAACACAACAAUACCACCAAAGAAGACUUCAACAACAAAACUACCUCAUUCAUCUACAAAACGACCGUUGACGUUCAAAACAAAUAAUACCUCGAAUGAGAGUACUGAACAAGGCUACAGCAAUGUUGGAACAAGGCCUGCCAGCAAUGUUACACAAACGGACGGUUCCAGUUCUUCCUCGCAAUCAACUGAUUCAGGAUAUGUUGCACUUAUUGUGAUUGCUUCUUUACUUGCCGCCAGUCUGGUUAUAGGAGCGCUCCUUUAUGUUGGAUACCGCCACUGCAGUAGAAGAGCAGUAACAUCAAUGAACUUUGAAAAUCCAGUUUAUAGAAAAACCACCGAAGAUCAAUUCAGUUUAGAGAAAAAUAUGCCAGCACGAAUGUUCCCUAACACAGUGGACGAAGAGUCCAAAGAGCCACUCUACAAAUUAGGAACUGAAUGUGUUUAAAAAAUGAAAUACCUAAAUUCAACAACAUUCAAACCUUAAAUAUUCGACACAUCAACAGCAAUCAACCACUUUUAAAAAAAAACAUAAACUCCUCGUAUACAUAAAUUAUAUGAUGUAUAUUAUUAUGCAAACGCCAGCAGCAUAGAACUUGUAUAAUAUUUCAAACAGAGAUUCAAAGAGACAAAGUCAAAUAGAAACAUAACUUAAUUUAUUGAUAUUGAAUUGAAAAUAAAUAAGAAAUAGAACAAAAAUCAGUUUUGAAAAAACAAAAACAAAAAUAAAAAUUAUAUAUAGAAGAUUACUAAAAUAUAGUCUAAAAUGUGUACAUUUCGUUUUUGAUAUUUAAAAAAAAAAAGAAAACAAAAUUAUAUAAAUUGGCACUGACAUAAAUUAAUUUAUUUUUGGGCAACAAAUAUUUAGAUUGUAAUAUUAUUAUUUUGGCUUGUAAUUUUCUUUUUAUUUUUCUUGUAGUACAUAGUAUAUAAGUACAUGUGUAUAUACUUUAAAUCACAUUAAAUGAACAAAAUUAAUUUAAUUAAAAAUUUAAAAUAAAAAAUGAAUCAAUACAAACAA